AAAUUGUCUGCCGUUCUGGUUUGUCCUAAAUCGCCGCCCGUAGAGUCUUCAAGACAUCGCCUCUUCUCCGGGAGUGGUGGAAAAUCGAUCAUGUGAUAGUUGAGGAGGCCGGAACUGGGCAGGUUGAGGGAAGCGAAGGGUUUUGACAAAAACAGACAGUGACGGCGUCCUGCAGGGUCUAUGGCCGAGGCAGUGAGGCCCCAGCGCCGGGCCAAGGCCAAGGCCAAGACCAGCCGUACUAAAGCCAAGGAAAAGAAGAAAUAUGAAACCCUUCAGAGGGAAGAAUCUGAUGAAGUCCUUCUUCCCGAAACACCCAGAGUGUGGGAAAUCCCUUCUCCAGCUUGUGAAUUCAAAGAAGCCCAUAUGAAGGUGUUAACUGAUUCCCAGCUCCAGAAUGAUGCUAGUGGACAAAAUGAGAGUGAAAUGUUUGAUGUGCCACUCACCUCCUUAACUGUAAUCAAUGAAGAGUCCCUGAUGUGUAGCACAGAGAACCCAAAGGAAGGAGAACAGGUCAGAGGCUGUGUCAGUGAUGAGGAAAUCAAACUGAAGGUCAAUUCUGGAGACAGUGUUGGAACAACUAAACAGGAUUCUCCAAAGAACUUUGGAAAAGUAGAGGAAAAUAAAUCGGUACAUCAUGGACCUUCAGAAAGCACACUGCAAUCUAAUUUUUCUUAUAUUCAGCAGGAAAUGGAACAUUUACAGGUUAGAGAAAUUCAGAAUAGGGAAGAAGACAAACAAGCCCUUGGUCUCUCUUCAGAGGUGCUACAAAAUGUUGGCUCACAGAGUUUUUGUGAAACUGAAGGUGUUUUUCAGCCACCUAGAGUGAAAAAAUUGUAUCCUCAGUUGCCAGCUGAAAUUGCUGGAGAAGUACCAGUUUUGGUGGCAGCCAAACCUUUGCUUCGUAAUGAACGUCUCUACCCAGAACUCCCAUCUCAAUCAGCACUAGUACCAUUUACUAAAGAACAGCUAAAAAUAUUUGAACCUGGUUCAUGGCUGGAAAAUGUUGAGUCAUAUUUGGAGGAAUUUGACAGCAUGGCUCAUCAGGACAGGCAUGAAUUUUAUGAGUUGCUUUUGCACUAUUCACGAUGUAGGAAGCAACUGCUGCUGGCUGAAGCUGAGCUGCUUACUUUGAUGUCUGAUUGCCAAAAUGCUAAAAGUCGACUGUGGCACUUUAAGGAAGAACAGAUGUCUGUUCAGGGUAUCUGUGCAGAUCAAGUGAAAGUUUCAGGCUAUCAUCGCUACCAAAGAGUGGAGAUGAAAGAAAAUGCACUGGGGGAGCUAAAGAAGCUUUUUGAUGCCAAAUCUGAGCAUCUCCACCAGACCCUGGCUCUGCAUUCUUAUACUUCAGUGCUCUCAAGAUUGCAAGUAGAGUCUUACAUCUAUGCAUUGCUCAAUAAUUCAGCUGUUCUGAGAUCUUUAGCAAUUCAUCAGCAAGGCCAAGCUUCUAAACAGACAGAAAGCAUUCCCUCUGAUCUGUGUCAACUGAAGGAGUGCAUUAGUGUCUUAUUCAUCUUCACCAGGAGAGUUAAUGAAGAUACUCAAUUCCAUGAUGAUAUUCUUCUCUGGCUGCAGAAGUUGGUAUCAGUGUUACAAAGAGUUGGCUGUCCUGGAGAUCACUUUUUCCUUCUAAACCAUAUUCUUCGAUGUCCAGCUGGUGUUAGUAACUGGGCUGUUCCUUUCAUCCAGAUCAAAGUGUUGAAUAACCCAUCAGGGGUCUUUCACUUUAUGCAGUCCCUUGCCCUGCUAAUGUCUCCUGUCAGAAAUCGAGCGGAGUUUUUGUGUCACAUGAAGCCCAGUGAGCAGAAACCAUCCUCUUCGGGGCCUGCGUCUGGGAACUGGACACUAGUAGAUGAGGGCGGAGAGGAGGAUGAAGACCCUGAGACUAGUUGGAUUCUCCUUAAUGAAGAUGACUUGGUUAUGCUUUUAUCACAGUUUCCAUUUCAUGAGCUUUUUCAGCAUCUUCUUGGGUUUAAAGCAAAAGGUGAUUAUUUUCCUGAAACAACAAGACCUCAAGAAAUGAUGAGAAUUUUUGCCUUUGCCAACUCAUUAGUGGAACUUCUGGCAGUAGGUUUAGAAACCUUUAAUAGAGCACGCUAUAGGCAGUUUGUGAAACGAAUUGGCUAUUUGAUCAGGAUGACCCUUGGUUAUGUGAGUGACCACUGGGCACAGUAUGUGGGUCACAACCAAGGCUCGGGAUUGGACAUGCAGCCCUACUCUAUGGAGAAACUACAGGUUGAAUUUGAUGAGUUAUUUUUGAGAUCUGUCCUUCAUGUGCUGAAAGCCAAAAGACUAGGCAUUUGGCUGUUUAUGUCUGAGAUGCCCUUUGGGACGCUGUCGGUCCAGAUGCUCUGGAAACUCUUCUACCUCAUGCACCAGGCGGAGAGUGGGCACCUGGAGAGCCUCUGCACUGCCCUCCAGCCUGCCUACUGCAAGAAGCAACUACAAGACCCGGAACAUUUUGUGAACUUUGAGAAGUGUCUUUCUUCCAUGAAUAGCUCAGAAGAGAUUUGCCUUCUGACUACAUUUGCUCAGAUGGCUCAAGCCAGAAGAACUGAUGUAGAUGAAGACUUCAUAAAAAUCAUUGUUCUGGAGAUAUUUGAGGUAUCUUAUAUCACCCUGUCCACCAGAGAAACUUUUUCAAAAGUUGGUAGAGAGCUUUUAGGAGCCAUCACAGCUGUUCACCCAGAGAUAAUUUCUGUCCUUUUGGAUAGAGUUCAAGAAACCAUUGACCAGGUUGGCAUGGUUUCUUUAUACUUGUUUAAAGAACUGCCUUUGUACCUUUGGCGGCCUUCUACCUCUGAGAUAGUUGUGAUUCGGGAUUGGUUAUUGAAUUAUAACCUGACAGCUGUGAAGAAUAAGCUGGCCUGUGUUAUUCUAGAAGGACUUAAUUGGGGAUUUGGCGAACAGGGUGCCCUUCAUCUCGAUCAAGCAGUCCAUGCAGAAGUGGCUUUGAUGGUUCUUGAAGCUUACCAGAAGUACCUUGCACAGAAGCCAUAUGCUGGGCUUCUUUCUGAAAGUAUGAAGCAGGUUUCUUAUUUGGCCAAUAUUGUUCGAUAUGGAGAGACACCUGAGACCUCAUUUAACCAAUGGGCCUGGAACUUGAUCUUGAGGUUAAAACUACACAAAAAUGAUUAUGGAAUACAGCAGAAUUGUCCAGCUGUUCCCUUUUUUAGCGCUGUUCCUGACAUGACAGAGUCACCUACGUUUCAUCCUCUCUUGAAGGCCGUUAAAACGGGCAUGCCCAUUGGCUGUUACCUUGCCUUAUCUAUGACAGCUGUGGGCCACAGCAUUGAGAAGUUCUGUGCUGAAGGCAUCCCACUAUUGGGAAUUCUGGUCCAGUCGAGGCAUUUGAGAACAGUGGUCCAUGUUUUGGAUAAGAUUCUGCCUUUGUUCUACCCUUGCCAAUAUUACCUUCUGAAGAAUGAGCAGUUUUUGUCACACCUCCUGCUGUUCCUGCAUUUGGACAGUGGCUUCCCUCAGUGUGUCACACAGCAGGUCACCCAGAAGGUGGCACAGCACCUAACGGGAGCCAGCCACGGGGACAACGUGAAGCUUCUCAACAGCAUGAUCCAGGCUCAUAUAUCUGUCAGCACUCAGCCCAAUGAAGUGGGCCCUGUUGCAGUAUUGGAGUUCUGGGUUCAGGUUCUUAUAAGCCAACAUCUUUGGUACAGAGAACAACCCAUCCUCUUCCUCAUGGACCACUUAUGUAAAACAGCUUUUCAGCUGAUGCAGGAAGACUGUGUGCAGAAAUUACUCUACCAGCAACACAAGAAUGCUUUGGGUUACCACUGUGACCGGAGUCUGCUCUCUUCCUUGGUGAGCUGGAUCGUGGCGGGCAACAUCACUCCUUCCUUCGUGGAGGGCUCAGCCACACCCACUCAGGUCUGGUUUGCGUGGACAGUACUGAACAUGGAAUCCAUCUUUGAAGAAGACUCCCAGCUCCGAAGAGUUGUUGAAGGGGAAUUGGUUAUAAACUCUGCUUUUACUCCUGACCAAGCUCUGAAGAAAGCCCAGGCCCAGCUGAAGCUCCCCAUUAUCCCAUCCCUCCAGAGGCUGCUGAUUUACCGUUGGGCCCACCAGGCGCUGGUCACACCUUCUGAUCACCCUCUGCUGCCACUCAUUUGGCAGAAGUUCUUCCUCCUGUAUCUUCACCGCCCAGGACCUCAGUAUGGGUUACCCAUAGAUGGCUGUAUCGGAAGAAGGUUUUUUCAAAGCCCUGCUCAUAUCAAUUUGUUGAAAGAAAUGAAGAGGCGUCUGGCAGAAGUGGCCGACUUCCACCACGCUGCGAGUAAGGCCCUCCGUGUUCCAGCAGAGGGCAGUGAAGGGCCACACGAGAGCCAGGCUGGCAUCCCUGGCUACCUGACUUCACCAGAACUGCACACACAACUUGUGAGGCUCUUCAAUGUAUAUAUAUUAUGGCUAGAAGAUGAGAAUUUUCAAAAAGGAGAUACCUAUAUCCCUUCUCUACCAAAGCAUUAUGAUAUACACAGGCUAGCAAAAGUGGUGCAGAAUCAGCAGGAUCUGUGGAUGGAGUAUCUGAACAUGGAGCGCAUAUAUUACGAGUUUCAGGAAACUGUUGAUCUGUGGUCACAGGGCAAGCGUGAGUCCCAUGCCUCCCCUUGCAGUUUGUCAGUGCAGCUGGACUUCACUGAUCCUUUGUUGGCUAAAGAAAGGGUUUUAAGUAACUUGCAGAAGCAUGAGGCUCCCCAUCCUCCCCUUGUUCUACACCCAAUGAGGCCUCCAGUGCCAGUUAUUUCCUCAGCUGUACUACUCAGUCAGAAGGACACCACACAGCUCGUACGCACGGACUUGAAUCUGUUGCAACAACAGGCCAGAACUGCAGCUCUUCGGGAAUCUCAACAGGUUGCCCUAGAUGGUGAGCUGUUGGAGAUAAUGCCCAAGCAGUAUGUUAAUCGAGAAGAACAGAUAACACUCCAUUUGGAGUGUAGAGGCAGUAGUGGUAAGAAAUGCCAAGGUGCAGCAGCUAUAACAGUCCAGUUUGAAGGUAUGCAUAAGAAUGAAGCAAUAAGCCAGCAGCUUCAUGUUUUGCAAAAAGAAGUGAAGCAUUUGCAAGCAGAAGCUUCUAAACCACCAUCACUUAAUAUUGUUGAAGCCGCUGUGCAUGCAGAAAACUUGAUUACAGCCUUAGUGAAUGCCUACAAGUUACACCCUUCACCUGGGGUUCAGAAAGUUGGCAUUAGCCUCUUCUUUACUGUUGUGGAUUAUGUCAGUGAUGAGACACAGCGUCAUCCUCCCACAAGGCAGUUCUUCACGUCAUGCAUUGAGAUCUUGGGACAGGUGUUUAUCAGUGACACUAAAUCAGAAUGCAAAAAAGUACUUCAGACCAUUCUGAAGAAUAGAAGGCUCUGCUCUCUUUUGUCUCCCUUCUUCACUCCUAAUGCUGCGCCUGCAGAGUUCAUACAGCUUUAUGAGAAAGUGGUCAAGUUCCUAAGUGAGGACAACAGUGAUAUGAUUUUCAUGCUGCUAACCAAGUUCGAUCUUAAGCAAUGGUUAAACUCCACUAAACCUCCUCUGUCUGAUCGUACCAGGCUUCUGGAGUCCAUUCAUUUGGCACUUACUGCCUGGGGACUUGAACCAGAUGAUGAUAUUUUGAUGCCCUUUAAUAUUUUCUGUAAGCACUGGACUUUUCUUCUUCUCUACCAGUUCCCUGACCAGUACAGUGAUAUUCUCAGGCUGCUGAUGCAAAGCUCUGCGGAGCAACUACUGAGCCCCGAGUGUUGGAAAGCCACUCUGAGAGCCCUGGGCUGCUGCGUUCCUCACUGCCAGCAGGGGGCAGCUUCGGCUGAGAGUGUGGGGCUUCCAAGCUCUCCAGAUAUUCUCUUGUCAGACAAACAGGUAAUAGAGACUAUACAGUGGCUCUCAAACUUUUUUUAUAAGCUUCGGUUAUCAAAGCUGGACUUUAAAAGCUUUGGUUUAUUUUCAAAAUGGAGCCCGUACAUGGCUGAUGUGAAGACACUGUUGGGCUAUCUUGUGAAAAGGCUGAUUGACUCUGAAAUGGCCUGCUUGGCUCAAGACCCCUCUGCCAGCAGUAAAACAGUGCUGAGAUCCCUGCAUUCAGUCAUUAUCCAGCUCUUUAAGCCAUGGAUCCUGGUUUUAGAGGAAAACGCAAGUGGCCAACGACUUUACCCCUGGUUGGAGAGUGAUGCUGUGGUGGCCUCAGGUGUUGUGCAGUUGUUCACUGACUGUAUUGAAUCAUUACAUGAGAGUUUUAAAGAUAAGCUGUUGCCAGGUGAUGAAGGAGUCCUUCAAUUACACCUACUGCAUUAUUGUGAAGCAUGUACAGCACCCAAAAUGCCAGAGUUCAUUCUAUACGCUUUUCAUAGUGCGUACCGGAAGCUCCUGUGGAGGGAUCUGUACCCUGACAAGAUGCUUAUGGAGGCCUUCUUCAAAGUGGAACGAGGAAGUCCCAAGAGCUGUUUCUUAUUUUUGGGGUCUAUACUCUGUGAAGUCAAUUGGGUUAGUGUCCUCUCUGAUGCCUGGAAUCCCAGUCCCCACCCAGAAACCCAAAGCAUGAUCAUCUGCCUCCUCUUCAUGAUGGUUUUACUGGCAAAGGAAGAUCAACUAGUAGACCAAACAGAUUCACCUUUACUCAGUCUCCUUGGACAGACAAGCUCACUUUCGUGGCAUCUUGUGGAUAUUGUAUCAUACCAGAGUGUUAUAGGUUAUUUCAGCAGCCAUUACCCACCAUCCAUCAUCCUGUCAAAAGAAUCUUCUGCUGAGUUAAUAGUGAAGCUCCUAAAAGUGUCUGCCGGCUUUUCCAUUCCUGCUGAUAGUCAGAAACAUCUUGAUGCUGUUCCAAAAUGCCGAGCUUUCACUCACCAGAUGGUUCAGUUCCUCAGCACCCUGGAACAAAAUGGAAAAAUCACCUUAGCAGUCCUAGAACAGGAAAUGUCUAAGCUCUUAGAUGAAAUCAUUGUCUUUAAACCACCCGACAUGGACAGCCAGGCCCGCCACAUGGCCCUCAGCAGCCUCUUUGUGGAGGUCCUAAUGAUGAUGAACAAUGCAACUAUUCCGAAUGCAGAGUUCCUCCGGGGCAGUAUCCGGACCUGGAUUGGCCAAAGAGUGCAUGGGCUGUUGGUACUACCCCUUCUUACAGCAGCCUGUCAGAGUCUGGCUUCUGUCCGCCACAUGGCCGAGAUCACUGAAGCCUGCAUCAUGGCCUACUUCAAAGAAGAUUCUCUCAAUCAGAAUUUAGGAUGGGGCCCCAUUCUGGUGUCCCUUCAAGUUCCUGAGCUCACCAUGGAAGAAUUUCUACAGGAGUGCCUGUGCCUUGGCAGUUACUUGACUCUUUAUGUUUACUUGCUUCAAUGUUUAAACAGUGAACAAACUCUAAGGAAUGAAAUGAAAGUGCUGCUCACCUUAAGCAAGUGGCUAGAACAGGUAUAUCCAAGCUCUGUGCAGGAAGAGGCAAAGCUGUUUUUGUGGUGGCACCAAGUCCUGCAGCUGUCCCUCAUUCAGACGGAGCAGAAUGAUUCAGUGUUGAUGGAAUCUGUCAUUCGAAUAUUGCUCAUGCUUCAGAGCAGGCAGAGCCUUUUGGCUGAGGAGAGGCUCAGCUCUGGGAUUCUGGGGGUAAUUGGGUUGGGCCGGAAGUCACCCUUGUCUAACAGAUUCCGAGUGGUUGCCCGAGGCAUGGCCACCUUCCUUUCAGUUCAGGUUCCUGCAGAGGAUCAGGUCCGUUUGAAGCCUGGCUCUGAAUUACAUCUGACCCCAAAAGCUCAGCAGGCUCUGAAUGCUCUUGAAUCCAUGACAUCAAGUAAGCAGUAUAUUGAAUACCAGGAUCAGAUAUCUCAAGCCGCCCAAUUUAUAAAGCAUCCUGGCCAUUGCCUCCAAGAUGGGAAAAACUUCCUGGCUCUUCUUGUUAACUCUCUCUAUCCAGAAGUGCAUUAUUUGGACAACAUCCGAUAGUAACACUGAGGCUCUUGGAAAACCCUGCUGCUGUUUAUGUUUACAUUUAAAUUUGCUGUUGCACGAAUAGCUUUGCUCAGUUCAGCCAAUGAGUAGUUGACUGAGAUGAAGGUCAGAAGGCACUAAAUAAUUCUACUGUGCAUGUACACGUAUGUGUGUGUCCCUGUGUGUGUGUUUUCUUAGCUUUUAAAACUUCCUUGGACUUUUUAGUUUUUAUGUUCAUCCAACAAGAGAAUCUUGCUGAGUUCUACUUGGGUUCAGAGCCACUCAUGGUUGCUGAAUGUAUCAGUCAUCUCACCAGACCUGAGGACAGGAGAUCUUUGUGUGCGUCCACUUCUAUCUCCUGUUUUAUUUAAAUGUCAAGACUCCUGUGCCAGAUCUAACUAUUUUGGGAGUCAGGAAGAAUCCUCACUUAGGAGCCCUAUUUAUUUUCCUCCAAAGUAAAUCAAUUUUGAAAAUAUCUGCAUUUCUCGAAUGGGGGGAAAUAUACGAGCCUAAAAGCAUUGUGUCAUUUCUCUAAGAAGGGAAAUAAUGCUGAAUUAGUUUAAGUGAGUCCUGAUUAUCUUGAAUAGCAGGAUGUCCAUCUAGCUGAGUGUCCUGUAUUAAAAACCAUCCAUCUAAAUCAGGGAUGGCAUGAGGGCAGUCUGGGAUGAGAUUGCUAUGUCCAGAUGUGUUUGGAGAGUAGACAGGGCUCGCUCUCUCCAGUUCACUAUAGUCCCUGCAUGCCCUUUGGUCCCACCCCCCAGCCCAGUCCCUCAUUCACAUCACUUUCUGUGCCCCUGAAGGCAUCCAAGUUUGCAGCUUGAUAGACACCAAAUUUGACUAGGUAUCUGAUCCUACAUUCUCUGCUUGUUUCUUCCCUCCAUAUUUAAACUCAGUUGAAGCCAGCCAAACUGCUGAAGCAUUUGUCCAUUGAAAUUGGGUCACGUUGGGAGACUUAACUGAAAUUGUUUUUUUUGUCAGUAGACCUGUGCCUUCUGUUGUUAACCAUUCAUUACCAAAGCUUGCCUGUAAAGUUGCCUUGUUCUGUUGCCAUCUUUUUACAUACGUUAUUUCCCCCCAGGAAUUAGCAGAUUGGCUUCUGUCAUCAUAUCCAUGUUCUGUUGGCUUGGAAUUAAUUUUGUUUGUCCAGUGUGCAUAAUGUUUUUUUUGUUUAUGGGUUAUCAAAAGCCCAAGAAUAUUUACCUAAAAAUGUCUAAGCAGUCACUUUCAGCGAGUGACGUAGGUUAACAGAGUGAUAAGGCUCUUCUCGUAUAUCCUGUUGGAUUAUAUUCCCCAACAUUUGGAAGUAUGUCAGAGCACUUAGUAAUUUUGAACUGUAGUUGGACAGAAGAAUUCUGCCUCACAGACAUGCUCUUCAGCUCUGGUCAGUAUCAUCUCUGUUCAACCUCUUGAGUUUUGUAGACCACAGAGUGACCUGUAUCAGAGCUUGUCCUUGUUUUUGCUUCUUUAUCAGGUCAUGUUUCUCCGUUUGCAAAUCAGUCAUCUUCUCCAUCCUUUGUGUAAGAAAAGUCUUGGAAACAGUGGACAAUUUAAUGGCUGAUUUGGCAACAAUAAUUUUAUGACAGGAAAUAUUUUGUGUGCUGUUUUCUUUGAGGAAGAUGUAAUUAUUGAUAUCCUAGAAUGUGAAAUUUUUGAGUGGACAGUAUGUAUUUUAAAGAAAAUUAUGAUUAAUCUGUUAAUUUUUGAAAGUUUAUAAUAUUUAUAAUGUAUCUGGUCUGCAGAAAUUAUAAAAAAAUAAAUCUUUGAUUAUAGCUGGUAAGAAUCCAGUUUAUAGAAAA